AUGCAUAGUCGUGAAUCCUCUGCCGUUCGUGGUAGAGCUGCCGACCCUUCCGCGCUAGCCCCGACCCUACAAGCCCGCCGCGGCCAUUCGGGAUCCAAAAGUCCAGACGUGUCAACCGGUCGCCCUGCAGGAUAUGACGCAGGGUUGGAAAGGCGACCGUCGAACUCGUACGGCCACCACCGGCAAACCUCAAUCGUUCAUGGAAUGCAACAUUCACGGAACCCGAGCAUGGCGGGCUCAACUGCAUCCAGUCCACUGAGCCCCGAACUCAUUGCAUCACUCGGUCGCGGUAUAUCUGACGACGUUGGUCUACCCUCCAAGUUAGAUCAGCUCGAUACCCACUCCAAUCAUCAGAGCUCCACAGCGAGCGCAUCGAGCUAUGGAAUACCAGGCACAUUGAGCACCAUUCAAGAUACCGACGCAGAUGAAAGGAUGGAUGGCAGUCCAGCAAGUCUGGUUCACAAACGGAUGAACUCGGGAGGGAAAUCACGGCGCGAACGAUCUCAUAGUCGAUCACAUUCAAAGCAUCAUUCUGAAUCCAAGACCGUGGGGGAAUAUGCGCUGCACCAUUUAUUCAACUCGUUUGUUGGUCAAGCGGAUAGUAAAAUCAACCAGGCUAUUCUGAAGCUGGGAGAAUCCGAAGCCCCCGUUGAGCAGGUGUGCGGUCCUGGAGCAGAUCCCAAUUUUGAUCAAUUGAUCUCAGCAUUGGGACAUAUCGCUAGGCAGAAGCCGAAGCCCCUGAUUGACACAAUUAUGCUAUGGCGAAAGGCGAAGGGGGACGCCGCGAUCACUGCAAGGCAGAUGACAAAUGACCCGCCAAAACCUACCGUAACAGAAAAUGGGGCUCUCAUGCGUCGUAACACCGAGCCUACUCAGACACCAACGGAUUCAACUGCCUUAUCAGACCGACCACAGCCACCAACACCUUUACUCGGUCGGCAUGAUGAUGUUGCAUUGGUCGAACGCCGUGCCACCGUCUCCGUAUAUUUGGUGUGCAGAGUCUUGAUUGAGAUUUUCCACCAGAGCACUUUGACAUCUAUUACACUCGACAUGGCAGAUCGAUUGGAAGACAUAGUCUUCGGCCAACUCAAAACUGUUGACCCUGACCAGAUUUCUGCAUCCCCGUUACGUAUGGCUAACUGGAGAAUAUAUGGCCAGUUGCUUGGAAUCAUGGGCGAAUUGAACUUCUCUACAGUUGCCAAUCGUUUCCUUGCCGAAUUAGAUAAAUACCAGAAAGAAGAAGCCGUUAGAGGAGCCUCACGCGAGGGUGAUGCUAAAGCUGAGCUGCUGAUUUUGGGCAUGAGAUAUCUGCGCUUGCCUAUGGCCACGGAAGCGUGGACUAAGGCGUGCGAUUUCAUGCGGUCUCUGGGGCGCUUGUUUGUGAAUGCCCAUGGGCAAAAGAUAAAGCAGGCAUAUUGCUAUGUUAUCGAAAAACUUUUACUUCCUGUGGCGGCGAAUCCAGUUUGCGACCUCACGUUACCCCGGUGGAAAGAGUUCACGGACUUGGUCCAAACUCGCUUGGCACAGUUACUGACAAAGCCUCGUCAUUGGAGUUCGGCGUUCUCCCUGAAUGUGCUGUUGCUUUGCAUAUCGAACAAAGAAACAUUCUCUUCCCAGUGGCUUUCGAUGAUAUCGGGAUUGCCGCCGAGACUUAAGGAUAGACCUACACGUGCUCCAGCUCUACAAGCUAUAUGUCGCCUCGUUUGGACCUAUUUUUUCCGUUACUCCGAUUCUCCCACAACUACUCUCCGCAAGGUUGAGGAGGUUGUCAAGAUUGCAUUGCCGACGGGCAGGAGGACAUAUUUGACCGCUGAGCCCAUCAGUGCCGAGCCCUUGAUCCAGCUCAUUCGCAUGAUAGGAUUCAAACAUCCCGAUGUUUGCUUUCGAACCAUUAUAUUCCCUUUGAUUAACUCCGAUCUAUUUUUGUCUGGCAGAGACGUGAAGAUCGAGCAGAUGGAGCCAGAGAAAAUGGCUAUUGGUAUUAGAGCCUUUCUUGCAACAACGUCAGACCUCGAAACAAGCGAUCAGCUCUGCCCUCCAUUCCCAACGGGCUCUCUACCAAACCCAUUCUUGGACACGUCAGUGCCCAUUCAUUUCCAUCGCCCGCAAUUGCUUGCAGAGCCGAAGUUUGGCACUGCUGCCCAAAAGAAUGACUUAGCUUCCUCUUGCCCCGUCAACAUGUCAAGAUUGAGCGACAACGUCAAAGAGUACUACCUGCGCUUCUGUGAAGUACUCGGUAAGAUCACAAUUUUAUGCGACAAUACUUUUGGUGGGCAAGCGGUUUUGGAUGAGAAGUUCGGUGGAACGACACCCAAAACGCCUAUCACGGAAGCAUUUGGCUUUGGCCGACGCGAUGACCAUAUCAAUACAGUGGAUCAAAAACAAGGGUUUUAUGACCUUCUUCAUGUUGCCGUCCAGGCGUUGCCUCGUUGCCUGUCGGACCAUACUCCUUUCAACUCAUUGAUUAAUCUUCUCUGCACGGGGACUGCUCAUGUACAGUCAAAUAUUGCUACCUCCUCAGCCGAUUCGUUAAAGGCAAUUGCGCGACAAUCGCAUGCCCAGCAAGUGACUAUUGGGUUUGCACGCUUUAUAUUCAAUUUUGAUGCUCGUUAUUCCACCAUGUCUGAUGAGGGAAUGCUUGGACCAGGCCACAUCGAGUCUACAUUGAGGCUCUAUGUCGAAUUGCUACGGAUUUGGAUCGAUGAGAUUAAACAAAAAACAAAGGAUGCUGCUUCGGAUCAACUCGAAAAAUCAACAUCGGGUAGUCGAGCUCUGCACCUUGAUUUGUCAAGCGUUCUUGCCCAUGUGGAGGAAAUAGAAUCUCAUGGUCUUUUCUUCCUUUGCUCCCAAUCUCGCCGGGUUCGGGCAUUCGCUGUAAAUGUUUUGCGUCUCAUUACUGAGUUCGAUAGUGCUCUCGGCAAAGAGAACACCAGAAUAAUUCGGAUCCUUGAAUCUGAUUCUCAGCAGAUCUUAGAUAUCAAUGACGAGCAGCUCACUGUAGCUGAGAGAAGUCGCAUUCAAAAGGGCAAGAGGAGAAGCGCCUCGCAGAAUACCCUAAUUGAGCUGUGCAGUAGCGAGGUCUCCUAUGACUCUACUCUGUGGGCAAAGGUUUUCCCCAAUAUCAUUCGGGUCAGCUUCGAGACUUGUCCCUUCGCUGUCACACUAGGAAGAGAGAUUGUCUGUGCACGGCUUGUCCAGAUGCAUAAACUCAUUUCAUCACUUGCUGAAAGCUCGAGAGUCCCUCAGUAUUCCCCUGUGGAUGUUUACCAAAGCCGCCCCUUGGGUCGAAGCAACAUGACGGCGGAAAUUUUGGUUGAACAGUGGAAACUUUACCUGGUCAUGGCUUGCACAACUGUCACAAGCGUGGGAGCUCAAUCGCAAAGCCAGUUGGCGAAUGCCCAGAUGCAUGCGCGCAAAUCAUCAAAAGGAGCACAAUCUCAAGAUAAAAUCAGCUCUGCCAGAAGCCUGUUUGCGUUCGUUAUUCCGCUACUCUCAGCCGAACGGGACUCUAUCCGGUCGGCGAUUGUUGUUGCACUAGGAUCUAUCACCAAGAACCUAUAUCGAACACUGCUUGAAUCUCUCCAGUAUGCAGUGACAACGUGCAACGAAGAGGCUAAGAUCCGUAUUGGUACCCACCACCGGACCCCAAGCAGCCCUCGUCGCAGCCGAAAGACAGAUCGUCUGCGUACUGAAGUGACAUACGUAUAUAAGCUUACUUCUCAUUUCCUUCGCGAGCCAGAGGUUUAUGCUGAUGACUGGAUCGUCAACAAUCUCAUCACCUAUGCGAAAGAUAUUCGCAUCUUUUUGAGUGACGCUGAGGUACAAAAUGACUGGGACUUCCAACGCCUGCGGUUCCACUACUGUGGUUUGAUGGAGGAGCUCUUUGAAGGUGUCAAUCGAACAAAAGAUCCCUCUCGUUGGAUACCGUUCGAAUCAAGAAAAUCUGCCUUUUCCCUUAUGGAAGAUUGGUGUGGCUAUUCGCCUAACCAAGCUCAAAUAUCCGAAAGAGAAGAAAAUAUGCGGAAGUUUUCCAUUUCACAGCCAACCGAAGGUGGCGAGAUGCGAAAUACUGCUGCUGCCAUGGAAAUUGAAAAGAAGAAUCUCCGGGCGGCGGCAUUGAGUGCGAUGGCGUCUCUUUGCGCUGGCCCAAUUAGCAUCACCACCGAAAGCGGCUCUGUGCUUCAGUUCGAUGUUGGACGUAUGCUCUCCUGGAUCGAUAUAAUCUUCAAUACCCUCAGUGAUAAAUGGCAUACGAUGGGUCGGCGCGCUUUGAAAAAUCUGAUCAUUCAUAACAAGGAACAUUCCUAUUUGAUGGAGCGAUCUGUUGAGAUGUGUUAUGUCUCAGAACGGCCCAAGGCACUCGAGAGUUAUUUCGAGGUUGUGACAGAAGUUCUCAUCGAGCACCCAGACUACCCACUUCAAUUUUGGAGAAUCCUCGGCGCAGUCCUUGUGACCCUUGGGAACCAAAAACGCGAAAUUCGAAUGAAGUCGGCCAAGCUUCUACGCCGACUGGAAGAACGCUACCAGAAAAACUCGCGAAUUCAAGACUUUGAUAUUAGCAUUUCGGAUAAAACCACCGCUGUCUAUAAGCUCGCCCAAUUUGAGACGUCAAAAAGACUCGCAAAUCAACACUCUGAUCUAGCUUUCACCUUGUUCUCUGAAUUUGCCCUGCACUUCCGCAGCCUGCGCCCUGACACGCAGCGUAAUAUGGUUGCUGCUAUCCUACCGUGGGUUCAGACCAUGGAACUACAGGUGGAUCCCAAUGGCGGGCCGACGGCGAAGUCUUACAUGCUCCUCGCAAAUCUUUUUGAGAUUACAAUUCGCUGCAGUAGUGUCUUACCAAAUCAAGUACAGGCAUUGUGGCAGGCCUUGGCAACCGGUCCCCAUGGAGGAAACGUUCAGCUAGUCCUCGACUUCAUUAUCAGUCUUUGCUUGGAACGUAAAGAACAGAAUUUUGUGGAUUAUGCUAAACAAAUUGUGGUGUUCCUGGCGGGGACUCUUGCAGGGUCCAAGGUUAUUGAAUUCUUUCUCCUGCAACUAGUUCCAAAAAAUAUGGUCCAGGAGCGGAAGGACCUGAGCCCGCCCCCUCCCGAUAUCAAGAGUUUACCGUACGUUGUUGAUCUCGCAACUGUACUACCCGUGGGAAACAAGCAAGCCGGUCUUUCACUUGGACAAGUUGCUCUCAUAUUCCUCGUCGAUCUUAUGGUAGCGCCUGUGACACUGGCUAUGGACGACAUCAUUAAACUUCUCCAUGUCGUGCUCAUUCUUUGGGAUCAUUAUACUGUUACCGUGCAGGAGCAGGCUCGUGAAAUGCUUGUUCAUCUCAUCCAUGAACUGAUUGCUGCUAAAUUGGAGGACGAUGCACCAUCCGACGCCCGUCAGAUGAUCGAGGAUUUUGUCGACUCGAUUCGAAAGAGUGACCCGGCUGUUGUGUGGGAUUACGAAGAAAACAACGGAAAAGACGAAGAAGCCGAUGAUAGCCGAGUGCCUUCCUCAAUGGCUACCACGACUCGCGAUGCUAUCAAGUUCUUUAAUUUUGUCUACGAAGGUGUGGGCGAAUGCUGGGCGAAAGAAGCAUUGAAUUGGGCGACGUCUUGUCCUGUGCGGCAUCUGGCAUGCCGUUCGUUCCAAAUUUUCAGGUGUAUCUCAACGUCGCUGGAUUCACGAAUGUUGGCAGAUAUGCUUGCACGCCUGUCGAACACCAUUGCCGACGAAGAAACAGAUUACCAGACAUUUUCGAUGGAAAUUCUCACCACCUUGAAAAUUAUUAUUAGCUCUCUCGCCCCGUCGGAUCUUUUGCAUUACCCCCAGCUUUUCUGGACAACUUGCGCUUGUCUCAAUACCAUUCAUGAGAGUGAGUUCAUCGAGACACUUGGCAUGUUGGAGAAAUUGUUGGACCGCGUCGAUCUUGGCGAUCCCGAUGUUGUAGCUGAACUUCUUGAAGGCCAGCCAUCUAAAUGGGAAGGCGGAUUUGAUGGUCUUCAAGACUUGGUAUUCAAGGGACUCAAAUCAUCUCAGUCAUUUAGCCGUACUUUGGAUGUACUACAUUGCCUUAGUGGACUUCCAAACAAUGCUCUUAUCGGAGAGGGAACUCGGCAACUAUACACUGUGUUGGCGAAUUUGCCUCAUUUCCUUGAGUGCUUUGGUCAAGAUUUCAUUGAUCCAAAACCCAUUAUGCGUGCCGGGUUACUAGCCCGUGCAGCGGAGAAUGAAGGUUGUCCUCGACUCGCAGCCUCGUUAUUUGGUUUCGCCAACCAGCAAUACAAGACAGAGGGUGUGUUCCUUGACCAUAUUGUCACCGAAAUCAAGUCAUACUUUUUCCCGCAGUUAGACUUCCAGUGUCUGAUCUUCCUGAUGGGCCUUCUGACAAAUACAACGGAUUGGUUCCGUGUCAAGACAAUGAAAAUCCUAUGCGUCUUGAUCCCUGAAGUCGAUAUGCGACGCACUGAAGUUACUUGUCAUGGCCCGGAUCUGAUAUCCCCACUGCUACGCCUUCUGCAGACAAAUCUGUGCCCGCAAGCUCUCGAGGUCUUGGAUCAUAUAAUGACUGUCUCCGGAAACCCGAUGGAACGUCAUCAUCUGCGCAUGAGCAUGGCAUCUGCCGCCUCGUCGCGUGCUAUCCGCAAAGAGUACGAGCGUAUCCAAAGUCUUUACGGUAUCCCCGAGCCUACCGGUUGGUCGGUGCCUAUGCCCGCGACUCAGUCGGCAAUUACUCGCAAUAACGUUCAUGCGGUAUUCUAUACUUGCGCCGAUGCGGAUGACAUGAAUUCUCGAGACACUCUCACCCCAGAUGUUGAGUUCCAUGCCGAUGAAUAUAGCAGCGACUCCUUCUUCCCAAUGAGGGCCGACACGAUGAAAUCGAUUGAUACACAGACUGAUGGCAACAUCGGUGAUAUUGUCCAAAAACUAGACAGCUUCGAUGACUUCUUUGAAGAUACUGAGACAAAUGUCCCAAUGCUCAACCUGGUAGCGCCUCCGAUGCUACGUGGAUUCACCGGUAGCUACGUUGAUACGAACGCCCAUCUCUACGACCAGCAAACAGCGCCUAUCCUACGCAAGUCGCUCGCUCGAACUGGUUCCGUUUCCUCUUUCCACAAUGGUCUCGCGGAGUCCCGUCCCACCAAUUUCCGCUUUGACGGCCCUGGAAUUUCAUCCCCAGUCAACAUGACUCCCCAGAACUCGAAUGGCCCACCAGGCCUCCGCCCUGUCUCACAUACCCGCUCGGUCACCUCCCCCGCCAACAAUCUAUUUGUUCAUACUGUUCCCUCAGGCCCCCAUGGCACACUCCCAGUCGGUUUGAGUGAAUCUGCGUUCCUCUCAGAUGACGACAUUGAUGAAACACACUCUGAUCUGGAAGACCGUCCAAGAACCGCACAGAGAGCUCAUCCACCUAUGCCUCCCAUGGUUCGAAGCGUAACAGAGGGAGCUGGCACUCAUUCUCUAGAAUCUAUGAUUCGAAGCGGCAUGCGGAGGCUAACAGGUGGCGCGGCCAAUAACCGUGAAAAGGAACGUCAACGCGAUCUUCUCCGUGCACAGCACCGCGCUAUUGUCCAAACCACCAAUUCUCCACGGGUCCCGAAAGUCCCGGAAGAGUAUCUCGCUGGCCCAACCAGUCACCCCACAUCUCCUCGAUCAUAG